AUGGAAGACGAUCAUAUGAGCUCCCCACCAUCCGGAGGGAGAAUUCCGUCGAUUCCCGUUAACGCCAACGGCCAAGUUGGCAGUAAUUCGGAUUAUGCACACAGGCAGCAUCCCGUGCAACAGCAGCAGCACGGAAAUCCGAUCAUUCGCCCGUCCUUGCUUCCAUCACACGUUCCGGGAACCCAACCUCACUUUCAUCAGCAGCAGCAACAACAACAAUUCCCGCAGUACCAAACUGAUCCGAUGCUUCUGCAGAUUCUGCAGCAGAUGCAACAGUUUAUAAUGCAUCAACAGGAACGUCAUUCUGCAAACCUGCCUCAGGAUCAUGGUCCUCCGUUAGCACCUAAUCCGGAGCAAAUAUUAGAAUCACUAAGCACGAAUAUUAAUGAAUUCCGCUAUGACCCGGAAAGUGGGGUAACGUUCGGUGCUUGGUAUUCGCGUUAUGAUAGUUUGUUUUCGGAAGAUGCAGCUCGUCUUAAUGAUGAUGCUAAAGUGCGGUUGUUGUUACGUAAACUCGGUCCAGCUGAGCAUGAGCGUUACUUAAAUUUUAUCCUGCCAGCUGUUCCGAAAGAAAUUAAGUUUGCCGAUACAGUGUCCAAACUAAAGAGUUUGUUCGGAACGGUGGAGUCACUAAUCUGCCGCCGUUACCGGUGUUUGCAAGUGACAAAGCAGCCUUCGGAAGAUUAUAAGGCUUACGCUUGUCGCUUAAAUCGGCUAUGUGUUGAAUUCGAGUUGGGGAAACUAAGCGAAGACGAAUUCAAGUGUUUAAUGUUCGUGUGUGGGUUGAAGUCGGAUAGUGACGGGGAAAUCCGCACUCGUUUAUUAAGCCGCAUAGAAGAUAACAGUUUAGUGAAGUUGGAGCAAAUCUCUACCGAGUGUCAGAAAUUGAUGUCGAUCAAGCACGACACCGCGAUGAUUGCCACCCCGUCAGUGUCAGCAAGGGUGGUGCAUCGUAAACAAACUUUUAGCAAGUGGUCUGAGAAGCACAAGAAAAACAACCCGGAAGGAGAAGUGAAUAGAAAUAGUUACAAAAACCAAAACAAAAACAAUAAAAGUGGACCAUUUUCUCCUUGCUGGUGUUGUGGUGCUAUGCACUAUGCGAAAGAUUGCACAUACCGCAACCAUCGGUGCAAAGUUUGCGGUGGGUUUGGACACAAAGACGGUUAUUGUGCAAGUGCUAAAAAGACUACAAGUGAAAAUAAAAGAAAACCGCAAUCGGCUGCAACGAAAUCAGUGCAAGUUAAAAGUGUUAAACAAGAAAGGAAAUAUGUAACAGUGCAACUAUUGGGAACUCCAGUGAAGCUGCAGUUAGAUACGGCGUCGGAUAUAAGCGUCAUUUCCAAGAAAACCUGGGUGAAAAUCGGAAGGCCUAUGACUUCGCCGGCAUUAGUAAAGGCAUCCACAGCAUCUGGACAGCCUCUCAAACUUCAGGCUGAAUGCACUUGUGACAUUUCAAUCAAUGGAGUGUGUCGCAGUGCCAGGUUUUUCAUUGUGAAGCAACCAUUACACCUAAUGGGAAUUGACCUCAUCAACCUGUUCAACCUGUGGUCAAUUCCGAUGAAUCAAUUCUGCAAUCAACUCACAUCGUCCGGUGAUGUCGGAAGUGCCAUCAAGGCCGCAUUUCCGGAAGUUUUCUCGGACACUCCUGGGCUGUGUACGAAAGCGAAGGUUAAGUUGACUCUCAGAGAUGGACAGUCACCUGUGUUUCGCCCCAAAAGACCUGUUGCUUACGCGAUGUACAGUGCAGUGGAUGAAGAGCUUGAUCGACUGGAGCACGCCAACAUCAUCACACCAGUCGAGUACUCGGCAUGGGCCGCACCGAUCGUGGUUGUCCGCAAAGCCAGUGGUGCCAUCAGAAUUUGUGGAGAUUACUCUACAGGUCUGAACAACGCUCUCCAAGCUAACCAGUACCCUUUGCCUCUUCCGCAGGACAUAUUCGCCAAGCUUUCGAAUUGUGUGAUCUUCAGCAAGUUGGAUUUGUCCGACGCAUUCCUGCAAGUCGAAGUUGAUGAAUCUUCCCGAGAGUUGUUAACCAUCAAUACUCAUCGGGGGCUAUAUCGCUACAAUCGACUAUCGCCGGGGGUGAAAGCAGCACCUGGCGCCUUCCAGCAGCUAGUCGAUACCAUCCUGGCUGGCCUUAAAAACACUUUGGGGUACUUGGACGACGUUUUGAUCGGCGGAUCAAACGAGGAGGAGCACAACCGUAAUCUUACAGCAGCCUUGAAACGUUUUCAAGAGUACGGUUUCACCAUCAAAGCCGAAAAGUGUUCCUUUGGUUCGCAGCAGAUAAAGUAUCUGGGGCACCUGAUCGACAGACACGGGUUGCGCCCGGAUCCAGCAAAAAUCGACGUUAUCCGCAACCUUCCGCCUCCUACAGAUGUGACCGGUGUUCGAUCCUUCCUAGGAGCGAUCAAUUAUUAUGGCCGUUUUGUUCCAGCCAUGCGAACACUGCGUUACCCACUGGAUGAGCUGCUGAAAGGCAACAAGCAGUUCAACUGGUCAACCGAGUGUCAAAAAGCGUUCGACCAGUUCAAGACAAUUCUGGCAUCUGAUCUUCUGUUGACACACUACAGCCCGGAUUUGCCGAUCGUUGUUUCGGCAGAUGCUUCAUCGGUUGGUGUCGGUGCUACGAUAAGCCACAAGUUUCCGGACGGUUCGGUGAAGGUCAUUCAACACGCAUCUAGGGCUCUCACUGCAGCCGAACAAGCAUAUGGGCAACCCGACCGUGAAAGUUUAGCGCUUGUUUUCGCCUGCACAAAAUUUCACAAAAUGCUGUACGGUAGAAGUUUCACCCUUCAAACAGAUCACGCUCCUCUGUUACGCAUCUUCGGAUCCAAGAAGGGGAUACCCACCUACACUGCCAACCGCUUGCAACGAUGGGCGUUGCAGCUACUGCUGUACAAUUUCCAAAUCGAGUAUAUCAGCACAGACAAAUUUGGAAAUGCCGAUGUGUUGUCGCGGUUAAUUAACAACCACAUCAAGCCCGACGAAGACUAUAUUAUUGCCAGUGUCAACCUAGAAGAGGAUUUAGGAUCAGUAGCACUCAACUCCGCUAAACAAGUCCCUCUUAAUUUCAAGGCAGUUCAAGGUGCUACUCAGACCGAUCCGAUCCUUGGUGAAGUUUUCCGUUUCAUCCAAAAUGGUUGGCCGAAGUCUCGAAAAGUGAUUCCCGAUCAAGAGGUUCAACGUUUCUUCGACCGCCAAGAUUCCUUGUCCAUCGUCCAAGGAUGUAUUAUGUUCGCUGAGCGUAUUGCAGUACCGUCCAAAUUCCGGAACCAAUGCCUUCAACAGAUGCACAAAGGCCAUCCCGGAAUCCAGCGCAUGAAGGCAAUAGCGCGAAGUUUUGUGUAUUGGCCAUCUUUGGAUGCAGACAUCGUCAAGUUUGUUAGCUCCUGUAGACCGUGCGCUAUGGUAGCCAAAAGCCCACCGCUUUCACCACCACAGCCGUGGCCCAAGCCGGAGAAACCGUGGCAGCGUGUGCAUGUUGAUUAUGCGGGGCCUAUAGAAGGAGACUAUUUUUUGUUGCUCGUUGACUCUUUUUCGAAGUGGGUGGAAAUAUACAAAACCAGUCGCACCACAUCAGCGGCUACCAUCGGCAUUCUACGUGGCAUUUUUGCUCGCUUCGGAAUGCCAAUAACCCUGGUCAGCGAUAACGGUUCGCAAUUCACCAGUACCGAAUUUGCAACCUUUUGUGUAGAAAACGCUAUUGAGCAUUUAACCACAGCACCCUAUCACCCACAAUCAAACGGGCAAGUUGAGCGUUUUGUAGACACUUUUAAACGCUCCUUGCGAAAAAUUAGAGAAGGGAAGGGAACGAUCCAAGAAGCUCUAGAUACAUUUUUAUUAACGUACCGAACAACUCCUAAUCCUGUUACCGGUAGAUCACCAGCGGAUUUAAUUUUUGGACGACCAAUCCGCACUUGUUUAGAGCUACUUCGACCACCGCCGAGGCCAAACGUUGAAGAAAGACAUUCGGAAGGCAACAUGAGAUUCUUCAAACAGCAUGACACAGUGUACGUUCAAAUUCAUUCCAACAACACUUGGAGAUGGGCAGACGGAGUUGUACUUGAGCGUGUUGGCCGAGCCAUGUACAAUAUUUGGAUCGAAGAUUCCCGAAUGUGCCGAGCACACGUGAACCAAAUGAGAAGCCGAUCGAUCACACCAGAUGUACCAGUGAGUUCGAGUAACCAUGUACUACCGUUGGACAUACUUUUGAAGGAGCAUAAUUUGUGUCUACCGUCCGCUUCACCCAAAACGAAUUCACCAUCUAUGGUUUGUGGUUCGCCGAAUGUUUCGAAUCCUGGUGCACCUUCCCAUCAUUCUACACCUGUGCAAACGUCGCAUCCCGAAGAGAAAGUAGUAUCGUCUCGUAACGAUGCUUCUGCGCUGUCAGCAUCAGUACCAUCGUCGUUGUCUCCGCCCUCAAUCACCACUACAAGGAACUCGUCCGGUUUCCGGACGGCAACAGAAAAUCUAUCAGCUGUGCAACAGCCACGCCGAUCUUCGCGGGUUCGAAGAGCGCCGCAGUGGUUCGAUCCGUACCAGAUAUAUUAA